AUUCCGACUACGAAGCUAGUUGCGUGCACACGUCGUCACUUAGGCGAAAAUUUCUAGGCGAGUACUGGAUAGCCAGCAGCGCCUAAGUUAGUUCGUUUGAGAUCUCUAUAACUUUAGAAUAACACAGUAAUCAUGCAGUCUAUGAUUAUCCUCGCGGCUUCGCUAUGCAUGGCCCAGGCCUCCUUUUACCCUGGCCCUCCUGCACACAUCCAGUUAAGUCCGGACGGUAAAUACGUUCUGGAUACGCCCGAGGUCGCUCACGCUAAGGCCGCUCACUUUGCGGCUCACGCACAAGCAUCCACUGUACACGGAGCGUGGGCACCAGCAGCUGCCGGAAUCUUGGGCGGUCACGGUGGUUACGCUGCUGGUCACUACGGCGCUCCUGCCGCUGGUCUUAUCAAAUACGGCCCCGCACCUUUGGCUCACGAUGGCCGCGUCGUUGACACCCCCGAGGUAGCUCACUUAAAGGCCGCUCACGCCGCGGCUCACGCUAAUGCCGCUCACGGUGGUCUCGGACCCGUCGCACAUGCCGCUCCUCUCGCUUACGCCGCAGCACCUCUUGGUCAUGGCGCCGGUUAUGGCGCCGGUUAUGCCGCUGGAUACGGCAAAUGGACUGGCCCUCCGGCCCACAUUCAGCUGACGCACGACGGCCAAUACGUGGUAGAUACCCCUGAGGUACAACACGCGCGCGCCGCUCACCUUGCCCAGUACGCUCAUGCCGCUCACGCCGCUGCCGCCGCGCCCGAAGAACCCUGGAACCAGGGACACGGAUGGCACUGAACCCUACCUCUAAACCGCGCACAAAACGGACUGCUUUUUAUACAAAAUGUAUAU